CCCCCCUUUUUUUUUUCUUGUUUAAUAAGAAAAUAAAAAUGUGACGUUCUUUUUUAUCGAUUACAUUUUCAAUUUUGAUUCCUUGAUCAUUUGACGUGUUGAUUACUUGGUUUCUGGUUGAUUUCGACGGUGAAUUGGGGAUAAUUAUACUUUGCUAAUUUGGCUUAAUCGAUAGAAUUUUUGGGUGUUAGGGUUUUCAAUUUUUGACUAAUUUAUGCAGGGGAAUUGCGAUGUACUUCCGAUAUUAGGGUUCUUGCGUUUAGACUUUUAGAUGAUUGACAGAUUAAUUUGUGGGAUUCACAUUGAGUUUUUGUAGUAUGAUUAUAUCUGAAUCGUGAAUGAAUUAUGAUUAUUAUACUUGGGCUGAAAAAUUGUAAUUGGGCAUGUGAAAUUCUGGUGAUCAUAAUUUAUAUCUCUUGAAAUGGGCUGUUUAUAAUUGUUUGUUAUGGAACAAGCAUUAUAUUUGAAGAAAUGGUUGUGAUUUUAUUUGAAAAAUUGAAUUUAGGGGAGCUUUAGCUCUAUCGAGCUGAAACUUUAUCUGAAAAUGUGAUUUAAGUGAGAGUUCAAACACUCUUGGUUCUGAUUUUGAACAUGACGAUGAAGCACUCUUAUCAGAUUGAGGUUCCAUUUCAAGUUGAAUAUUCGAGUGUGGCAAAAUCAAAUUCAUACUCUGUACAAAUUAGAAUGCACGCUUCAGCUGAAAGAAAUUUUGGGAUUAUUUUCUUGCCUCAAAUUUUGGGUCUUUUAUGUAUGUUACUAAGAGCAUCUACAUUGGCUGUGUAAAUCCCUGAAUCUCAAUUAGAUGGAAAUGUUGCUUUAUUGUUGUUAUUUAUCAGCAGUUGACAGUACUAAUAAUUAGGAUCAUUGGUUUAAAUUUCGGAUGCAACCACUUUUGUGAGCAAUGUGGAUGGUAAUGCGGCCUAGAUUAAAUACCAUGGGCUGUAAAUUUGAUAAUUUAACCUAUGAAGUUGUGGUGACAAACAUAAAUAAGCUUGCUUGUUAGGAGAGGAUUAGCCUAUUGAAGCCAAAUUUUGCAAGCUUGACCUCUUUUGAUCCUCUAUCUCUGCUUUUGAGGGAGCUACAAGUGGCAGUGGUUGUAAUCAAAUGAUACUCUUGCAAUCCCAUUCAAAGUAUCUUCUCCAACUUCUCACAAAUCGCCUUCAAAAUCUUGACAAAGGUGUUGAACUGGACUGCCAAUGGAUUGAGUUUGAUGAUGUGCGAUUCAACGUCCAGACUUCAAUGAAGAAUCCACUCAUCUUGUUGUUGUCAGUAUCAUUACCAACACCACCUCCUGGAGCUAUGUUUGUUGGAGGACUACCUAGUGGAUCUAUAGAAGCUAUAAAAGCUGCAUAUGGAACAGUGGUGAAAAUGCUUGACCCUCCAAAAGAUGGAUAUAAUCUCACACUGAGGCUGAAUUUCUCAAAGCUUUCUCCUGAUGAAGAAACUAGACAGGCUCUGUUGAUGAAGGUUGCCUCUGUUAGGGAAGUGGUGCUUGGUGCACCUUUAAGGGUGAUCUUAAAACAUCUUGCUUCAAGAUCACUUGCUCCUGAUAUGGAUCAAUUAGUUGCUCUAGUGCAUCGGCCUAAUGAAGCAUUCUUUCUUAUUCCUCAGACUGAAAAAGUGACGGUCAUAUAUCCUAUGAGAUUUAAAGAUUCCACAGAUACAUGUCUGGCCACUUCUUUUCUGCAGGAAUUUGUUGAAGCACGUCGUAGUGCUAGUGCUGGACUUAAUAAUGCUCCUUCGUGUCUGUGGUCACCUUCACCACCUGAAGAACUUGCGGGAGUGCCUGCAGAAGCGUUAUCUGCAAAUGCUGGCUUUGUUUCUUUUGUCAUUUUCCCACGCCAUGUCGACAGCAAGAAGAUUGAUAGAACUGUAUGGCUUUUGUCAACCUUUCAUGCAUAUGUUAGUUACCAUGUCAAGUGCUCUGAAGGAUUCAUGCAUACUCGAAUGAGGCGUCGCGUGGAAUCUUUGAUUGAGGCACUUGAUCGUGCCAAAUCAGAUCCAGAGAAGACAAAGAAAGUUGGGACUAAAACAUCCUUUAAGCGACUGAGCCUAAAGGAUUCUCGGAGCAAUUCAAAUUCAAAGGCUUCAGCCAGUUGGAGAUAAUUCUUAUGGUUAAUUUUGGAGGUAACCUUGAAAACUUAAGGCUCUACACAUUUGCAUCAAAUAGCUGCAGCUCCAGAUUUUGACAAAUUGUGCCUGGCACGUCAUUUCAUGCGGUCACUCAACAUUCAGAAAGGUGCAAAUGUAUUAACUUUCCUUCUGGCUAUCUUGUACAAGUUUCAUGCCUAUGGAGUUAAAAGCUGAACGGGUCAAAUGCUUCAUUUUUCCUAGCCUUUUUUUUUUACCUAAUCUUGAAGAUAAGUAUAUUUUUGUCAUUUAUCUUGUGAGAAACUGAUUAUUGUAGUUGAUACUAAUUGAAAUUAGAAUUCUUUAUCAUGCAAUGCUAGUUGGUGUUGGCAUACUGUCAAUGGUCCUCUAUGUCUGAUGACUUUGAAAGCUGUUUGUAGUUUUGUACAAUGUAGUUUUUGAGAUACCACAUUAUGUUCAUUUUAUGCUUUC